AUGGUAAAGCUGCGCCAGAAACUCUCCGUGGUCAACAACCAACGGAGCAAGCCUACCCCAAGGCUCAAUCUGGAUCGGCUGAAACGUGCUGAUGUGGCGGAGGGGUAUGCGGCAGCGCUCGGAGAAGCGCUUACGGACGACAACACCGCAAUGCUCCUCGGAGACCACUGGCACGGAAAUCUCCUGACAGACGAGCGAAAGGUGAUCGAACGGUGGAAGUGCUACUUCGAAGUGUACCUGAAGGGAGCAGAGACAGGAGAGGUUGGUACAAGUAGCAGAACAAGCCAACAGCAGCAACAACACAGCAACAACAUCAGUGACAGCAAUAGUGCAGGAGACGAAGUGCCUCCGCCAUCUCUGGAUGAGAUUGCCAACGCCAUCGAGCAGGUUAAAAGCAACAAGGUUGCUGUUAGUGAUGGGCUGGCGGCCGAGCUCUUCAAGAUGGGGCCCGAGAGGCUUACCGUCGAAAUGCACCAGCUGAUCACGAGAAUCUGGGAACAGGAAGAAUUACCGGAACAGUGGAAGCUGGGCGUCAUUCACCCAAUCUACAAAAAGGGCGACAAAUUGGAAUGCUCGAGCUAUCGUGCUAUUUCAGUCCUCAAUACCGCCUAUAAGAUCCUGUCCCAGAUCUUGUUCUGCAGACUUGCCCCCUUUGCUAUGGAUUUCGUCGGAAGCUACAAAGCUGGGUUUGUUGGCGGUAAAUCCACCACCGACCAAAUCUUUACUCUUCGGCGGAUCCUCCAGAAGUGCCGAGAGCGCCAGAUCCCUACGCACCACCUCUUCAUCGACUUCAAAGCGGCCUACGAUACCAUAGAUAGGAAUGAGCUAUGGAACAUCAUGUAG